AUGCAUUUGAACCGAGAUCUAUCAGUUGUUCCAUCCAAUACUUUGUAUCUAGGGUAUCGAGUUCAGGUCCCAGGAAGGAGUCGAGGCGUGGACCUUGAGCUGUUGCUCCGCCUCUGCAUUCCAUCAAAAUGUGCCAUCCCAUUGGUCGCUGGUAGAGAGCUGGCCCUAACUGAGCUUAGGUCCAACCCGCGACCAUGGGCAGUGGGAGAGGUAGAUGCUGAGAGUGCCGCUGUCCUUACAUAUCGACCUGCAACCUCGGAAUCUCGAGACAAUCUUGGCCACACUCGUCCGGGAAUUGGGAUACCUACUACAUCACCUCACAUCUUCCCGCCCUUGGGCCUGUCGAUCGUCGAAGCAGCAAGGUACUGGGCGCAUGUCCGUCCCAACCAUCAGGGCCAGCCGCCGGCCGAGGCACAGGGUGAAGCUGCAGUCUGCGGCUCUGCAUAUUCCGUGGAUAGCGGAUAUGUAGGAAAGAAGCAAGGGUCAAGCCACCGAGAUACAAAUCUACAACAGAAUAGUUAUGUUUAUAUCUUCAGGGAAAGGAAAGGUAAAAAGGGGGAAAACACCGUUCCUGCGUGCGAUAAUUGGAAGGAUGCGCCUCAACCGCCUAAACCGCCGCCCACGACGAUGGAGGCAACUUUGACCCUCUUCCAUAAGCUUAUUGCAUGUGCAAACAUGGCAGUGCCCCUCCAGUCCCAGAGACACUUCAGUGACUUUGGACCACUCACGUCACGUCAGAGUUGGAUGACGGGCAACCACCCUCAUAAGCACCGAAUACAAGACGAACUGCUUUUGCUGUUGAGUGGAAUCUCCCGUGUACCUGUUGUAGAGUUGCGGAGGAGGAUGGUGAAAGACGAGCAGCAGGAUCCAAUUCACUUGUAUACUCUGAAGCACCCAUCGAGACAGAGUCACAGACUACACUACCCCGGGCUGGAGAAACACACCCACACCCACAGAAACCAGGGCCUCGCCAUGCCAUCCCGUCCCAUCCUACCUCACGCCGUCGCCGUCGCCGUCGCGCGCAUGAACAUCCCCCACAAAUUAUACCAGAAUCACAUGCUGCCCAUGCUGCCACACUUACUUGCUACCCAUCCGUACGGAAACAACCCACAGGCUACUCAUGCUCAACGUCCCACUUACUCCUAUUGGAGCCCUGGCACAGCGGCUCAACACGUCAACCCGGUCACCUUUGCCUGA